UAAAGUAAAAUGAAAUCCAACGGCGCAACAUAUAGAAAAACAAAGAAAGAAUAAAAAGGAAGCGGAAACACGUAGCCGGUCGUGCCCAGAGUUGUGGAAAAUAUUCCUUUCCUCUCUCGAUUACCGCACCACCACCAUCACCAUCACAACAUAAACUCUUUAACCUAACCAUGGUUAGUUUUUAACUCAAAUCCACCUUCAUCACCUUAAUUUAAUUUAAUACCACCACCACCACCCUUACAACCUUCCCUUACGUCCCACUUUCUCAUUGCUAUAUUAGUAUUAACCCUCUUAGCCUCUGCUUACAAACUUUCACUUCACUUCCUUUGCUUCACUUUCAAGUAUUCUCUUCUUCUCCGAUCAACAAAACAAAAUCUGGGUCUUUUUUUUUUUUGUUUGAAUCGGAACGGUGGUGGUGAGUUGAAGAAGAACAAAAAAAUGAGCUGCAAUGGCUGCCGAGUUUUACGAAAAGGAUGCAGCGAGACAUGUGUGUUACGGUCGAGUUUACGGUGGAUUGAAUCGGCUGAAGCUCAAGGCAACGCUACCUUGUUUCUCGCUAAGUUUUUUGGCCGGAGUGAUCUCCUUUCGCUUAUCUCCUCCGUCCCUGAAUCUCAACGUCCCGCUUUGUUUCAGUCUUUAUUGUUUGAGGCAUGUGGACGAACUGUGAAUCCGGUGAACGGAGCGGUGGGGUUGUUAUCGAGUGGUAACUGGCAUAUCUGUCAAGCGGCGGUGGAAACGGUUCUUCAGGGCGGAGCUUUACGACCAAUUUCGGCUGGAUCCUGGACACCGAGUUGUGACGAGUCAUCAGAUCGUUUCUGUGUUAACUCGUGCAACUUUGAAUCGAAGCCGUUAACGACGACGAUGAUGAUGACGGGGAAUCAAUCGGUUUUGACGGCGCCGUCGGAUCUUAGCUUGUCUGUGACGGCUAAGUUGGGCGGAGAAAUGAGAACUAAAACGGCGUCCUUAUAUUCAGAAGAAUCGGAGAUUACCACUCUUGGAAGCAAUGGAAAUGAAGAAACCCAAGACACAAAAAUUUUGAAUCUCUUUGUUUAAGAAAAAUAAUUACUUUUUUUAUAUAUAAAAAUUUAUCUCUUUUUUAUAUAUAUAUAUAUAUAAACUGCCCAUGUAGUCAAUACUUAAUAAUGAAGAAAAUAAUAUUAUUAGCAUAAACCCUUUUUAUUUUUUUUUCCAAUUUUUAAUUAUGAAAUUGUUUGUUUUAUAAUCGAGCCGAGUUCGAACUUAAUUCAAAAGUCGUUGUUUGAAA